AUGAAAGGCCUAUGAGCACAAGAAAGUCUUGCUGAUGUAUAUCGUCAAAUUACACUAGCUAAAUUAUCACCGCCACAAAUUACAUUUACUGGUCUGUCUCAUUUCAAUAAUAAAGUACUCUAUAUGGAUCCAGUCAAAGAUGAACAUCUUGACGUCCUCACACGUAUAGCUGAAAUCUGUCGAGAAACUUAUGAAAAAAACGGUAUUGUUUCAACAGAUGUUCGUCCAUUUAAUCCACAUUUAACAUUAUUUAAAUUAUCCAAAGCACGUGAUCUUCAUCGAAAAGGUGUAAAAAAAAUCGAUCAAUGUUGGACUACAAAAUAUCUAAAUCAUCAUUUUGGUAUUGAAAAUUUUCAAUUUCUUCAUCUAUGUAAUAUGAUGAAAAAACAAACUGAUGGAUAUUAUGAAAUAUUUCAUCAACAAGAUUUAUUCAAUGACGAAGAUCUGAAUUCAUUACGUCCUCUGUCAAAUAAUCUUAAUAAUGAAAUAGAACGUAUGGUAGAAAUCAAUAAUAUUACAUUUCCAUCUCUACAAACUAAUGAAAUUAUUGAACGAACAUCUAAUAGUCAAGAUGUAGUAGAUGAUGAACCAAUGAUUUAUAAUUCAUCUAUAAUAAAUGAAUCAUCGCCACUUUUACAAGCUGAACAAUCAACAAAUGAAGAAAAUGUUUCCGGAAUAACUAGUUUCAUUCGUCCUUCACGUUCUCAAGGUUGUUGUUCAUGCUGUUCAAUAAUAUAA